UUCCUCUAUACCGAGCGAGCAACGAACUUUCCACGAUGCAAUUGCUCGUAGGGAUAUUUCUAGCCACGAUAUUUGCUAUCCAAGUGAAAGCAGGUGAGCCUGAAUGUCGUGACGACGAGUUCCUUUGUAAAACACAGGGACAUUGCAUACCAGCCAUCUCCCGCUGCAAUGGGAUCGAAGACUGCGAUGAUGGGUCGGACGAAUCGGACUGUGGCCGCGAGAAGUGCGAUGGGUUUGUUUGCAAUGAUGGCACGUGCGUGCAAAGUGAAUGGCAAUGUGAUGAACCACUUGCUUGUCUUGACGUAACGAAUGCAGAAAACUGUUACGUCUGUUCCGACAGCACGUCGCUCUGUGCUCCACUGAGAAAGUGUCUCUAUGAGAAAUAUAUCUGUAACGGUGUUGAAGACUGUCCAGAUGGAUUUGACGAAAAGGGGUGUGCCCAAGAUGUUUGCGAUGGUUUUCAAUGCUCUGACAUCGAAUGCAUAAGCAGUGAAAGACGUUGUGACGGUGCACCCGAUUGUGGGGACGGUGCUGAUGAAAUAAACUGCACUGUGUGUCAAGAAAACGUUACGCUCUGUGCACCGCUUCAACUCUGUCUUUCUAAGGAAAAUAUUUGCGAUCGUAAGGAAGACUGUCCGGACGGAUCUGAUGAACUGAAUUGCGCGAAAACCGUUUGUGAAGGUUUCGAGUGUCCAAACGACAGAUGCAUUCCUAGUGACUGGCAAUGCGAUGGGGAUGACGACUGCAACGACCGAGUCGAUGAGAAAAAUUGCACCAAAUGCGGUGGAAACGCUAUCCUGUGCGAGCCAUCGAGUACAUGUCUCAACAAGUACGACAUCUGCGAUCUGGAAGUGGAUUGCCCCGAUGGGUUCGACGAAAAAGACUGUGAGAACCACACUUGCGAUGGAUUCAGAUGCCCAAAUAACAAGUGCAUUCGAAACGAGUUGCGCUGUGAUGGCCGUAACGAUUGUCUGGACAAUGCAGAUGAAACUAACUGCAAAGAGUGCACAGAGGAGGCAUUCUUUUGCCAGUCUUCGAGCACUUGUAUCGGCAAGUACAAUGUGUGCGAUUUAGUGAGCGAUUGUACUGACGGAGCCGACGAAAAGCAUUGCGAAGACUACACCUGUGAUGGCUUCAAAUGCCAGAACAAUAAAUGUAUACCUAGUGAUGGGAGGUGUGAUGGACACGACGAUUGCGGAGACAAUGGAGACGAAAAAGAGUGCACACAAUGCAGCUCAGGGGGAUUCCUAUGUGCACCGUUGAAGGAAUGCUUCAGCAAAGACGAUAUCUGCAACUUCCAAGUAAACUGCCCAGAUGAAUCCGACGAGCACGACUGCGCGAACCACGUGUGCGACGCCUUUAAAUGUCCCAGCAACAAGUGCAUUCCAAGCGAGUGGAGAUGCGACGGAGAAGACGACUGCGGGGAUAAUAGCGACGAAGGAAAUUGCACGGAAUGUCACAAGGACAGUUUCCUAUGUGCACCGACCAGUACUUGCCUGAAUAAGUAUGACGUCUGUAACCUCGUACAAGACUGUCCGGAUGAAUCCGACGAGGUAGAUUGCGCUAAUCACACAUGCGAUGGGUUUAUGUGUUCGAACAUGAAAUGCAUUCCAACCGAAUGGCGAUGUGACGGAGAGAACGACUGCAACGAUGACAGCGACGAAGAACAUUGCACAGAAUGUUCCAAAGAUGGCUUCCUGUGCAAGACGUCCAAGAGAUGCCUGAAGAGAUACGAUGUGUGUGACUUGAAGAACGACUGUCUCGAUGCGUCAGACGAAAAUGAUUGCGAGAACUACAACUGCCCUGGAUUCAAGUGUCCGAACAAUAAGUGCAUUCACGAGGAAUUCAAGUGCGACGGAGAAGAUGAUUGCCUGGAUGGGGCUGACGAAGAAGGCUGUCCGAAGGGUGACUGAUAGGCUGAAGGAGACUACAGUAGUAGCUGCAUUAAUUACAAAGUAUGUCGUUGUAUAGACCCAUGUGAUGUGAAAGAUGUAUCCAUUCUUUCUAUUACUUGGGUGGUCAGAAUGUUAUGAGUAAACUACCAUUUCCCCUGUUUUUAACAAAGAUUUCUUACCAUCUUCGAAUAAACCAGAAUCGUUUUCUUUUCUCC